UGGUGAAAGCAAGUCGUAAAAAGCUGGUUUUUCGCAGACGGCGCGGAUGUUCGCGACAAACUUUCUGCAAACAGGGAUUCGAUUUUUCGGGCUGAGUGUUGUUUAAGGCAGGGGUUAGUUUUCAAUGUUUGGUUGGAUGGCUAGACCAGACUUUGCCAGGGGAUAGGCUAGGCCGGUUCGAAAGGAUAAGCGUAGCAUUGCAGCAAUCGGUUCCCGUUAUCGUACCGAUCCCCCCUUCCCUCGACGACCGGACAUAAAUUGGCAAAUUACGUGAAAUGCUCUUCCGGUUGUGGUUCUGCUAGUGGUGGUGGUGGUGAUAUCCUUAUCGGUGCUUUUGGAGUUGCCCGAGGGCGGUUCCCACAAGACAAGACAUUGACCAUUGUCGAUUAGGGGCAGGCUUCUCGUAACCAACGAUGGCCUGAUUCGCAUUUUCCGAAUCGCAGAAAGAUAUUAUAUCAGAGAUUAUCAUACCCCGAACUCGUCCCUCGCGUCGUCGUUAGCGGGAAGCAUCCGUCGAUGUUCGCGAGUCGUUCGGUUAUGUUGUGAGGUUUUUCUUCCGUUUGUUCCACGCCAAUUCCGCUCCGCGGUAUUCCGUGGACCUGGCUCGCGCUAGUGGUGUGGUGUGAGUGUGAUGUUCAGCAGUGUGAAGAGGGUGGUGUCGGGCGAGCAACGCCCGAGUGAAGAAGGCAAAACAGCAGAAGCACACGCAAGAGAGGAGUCAGCGUAAAAAAAACAAAGGUUCUUUUGAUUUAUUUCUCGCAAAUUGCGAAUUCAUAGGCAAAGUAGGUGUUUGGAACGCGCGAAACAAAAAAAAAAGGAAACGAAACAAAUUUGGAAAAAAAAGCAAGAACUUCACAUAAAUUCGGUCUGAAGUUAUACAGAAAAAAAAGUAGGCAAAAUAAGAUGAAAUACACAACCGUACAAACAAAUGAAAACGAUUCGUGAAAGCGGUGGUGUUUAAAGGGCAAAGGAAGAAGAAAAACACAACAACCCUCCCCCUCUCGGAACAAGGGUUGUUGGUUUGACUGGGAUGAUUUAUUGGAACAAGUGUUUGUGCGAGCGAAUUAUUUAUACGGCCACCCAGCUGUUGUUGUCGUUGUUUGUUAUUGCUGCUGUGCUCUAGAGUUCCGCGAAGGAAUUUGUGUGUGGAAAAUUGAGAUCCUCCCUCUACUCCUGGGGGGGUGGAGCACAUAACGUAAAUCAGUAUAACGAGCGAAUCAAGCCAAAUUAAAUGGCGAUUAAGAUUCGGCCUCCAGGAAAAAAAUAAGUGAUCUAUAAAACGUCAAGUUGGGAAGAGCGUCAGAAACGCACGGGAAGAAGCCCAAACUUCAAACGAAAAAAAAAGAAGAAUUAUAGCUGGAAGCUGUCCCGAAAAAAAAAAUAACCUGACAGGGUGAACUGGAUAGGAAAUUUUGGGCUGCCACACGCACGACCCCCGGUGAAGAUCUGGAGGCACGGAUCAUCGUUUUUUGGGCCGUAACCUGAACCCGGGUUUGCUCGCUCGAUCAACCUCACCGGGCCGAGUAUUUUGACAGCUGACAGACGCGGAUAAAUUUCGAGCUAAUAGAGCACCGGGACACGUGCGCGCAGGUGCUUAGCUGGCGGAAAACUGUUUUCUUACAUCACACGCGGAAAUCGGUUGAAAUCGGUCCCCUGCUCCAGGAGGGGCGCACUGACGUCCUCCAGGAAUAGGCUGCGAUGAGCAUUUGAAUGCGGAGCAUCCCGAGGAAGAUGAGUUCGCGCGGAAGCAAAACUUGAAGAUUUCGGCGAACUUUCGCACCCCCCGGAAGGAGCGGCAGAGUUUGCGUCGGUUGGUUGGUGAAUGUAAAAAUAUUGUUUUGAAGAAUCUCGAAGCGAAGAAAAUAAGGAAAAUAACUUUCGAGUGAGAGUUCAAUUGGGAAGAAAAAAGGAGAAGAAGAAAGUAAGAAAAAAAUGGCACGUGGUGCAACGGUGUGUGAAGUAACCCAGAUGGCGAGUGUUGUCUAUUCGUUGGUGGUUUUAGGUGUGUGUUUGGUCAGCAGUGCCCUGGGGGCGCACUGGGAUCACUCGAUUUUUCUGGACGACGACUAUCGGCUGCUCUGGAGCAUAUCGGGUUUCGAUAUAACGUUCGAAGUCCAGGCCCGCACGCACGGCUACAUAGGGCUGGGCUUCUCUAAGGAUGGCACAAUUUACGGUGCGGACAUCGUCAUCGGCUGGGUUGACCAAGGACAAGUUCAUUUUCAGGAUCGGCACGUGAAAAAGAACGGCGAUGGCCAACCGGUGGUGGACUCGUCCCAGGACUACGUCCUGCUGCUCGGGUACGAGAACCAAACGCACACGGUGCUGCGGUUCAAGCGGAAGUUGGACACCUGCGACGUGGCGUACGAUGUGCCGAUAACGAACGACACCAUGCGCGUGAUCUUCAUGUACCACGACGAGGAACCACACGGGUCCUCCUACACGCCCGGUAGCCUUCCGGACCCGGCGGAGGCCUUCAAGCAGGCACGUUCGCUUUUUCUGACGCAACGCGUGAAUCAGUCCCCAAUCAAGCUCGACGCCCGGAUGAAGAUCAUGGAGCUGCGCAAUCAGGACGUGGAAUUGCCGCGGGCCGACAACACCCUGCACUGGUGCAAAAUGUUCAAACUGAGCGAUAUCAAUCGCAAACAUCAUCUGAUUAGGUACGAGCCAGUAUUCGACUCGGCAUCCAGCGUUCCUUACCUGAACCACAUUAUCCUGCACGAGUGCCAAGGCUCGUCGCCGGAGCUGGAGAUAAUGUCCCGUGAAAACGGACGACCUUGUUACCAGGCAGACCGGUCGAUACUGACCUGCAAUUCGAUCGUAGCGGCGUGGACCCGUGGAUCCGAGGGCUUCUCGUUUCCCACCGAGGCGGGUUACCCAUUGGACUCGAACCAGGCUCGGUUCUAUCUGAUGGAGACGCACUACAGCAGCAGCGUGGAGUUUGGCGAGAGCCAGCCAAGCCCCAAAAGCAAGGUAAUGGUGGACAACUCCGGCAUGAAGAUCUACUACACGAGUGCACUGCGGAGUCACGACGCGGGGGUUCUCUCGGUUGGGAUGGAUCCCAACUGGAGGCACAUCAUCCCGCCCGGACAGGAGCACGUGGUAUCCGAGGGGCACUGCGUGGGAGAAUGCACACAGCGGGCUUUUCCGCGCGAUGGAAUCAAUGUGUUCGCCGUGAUGAUGCGGACGCAUCAAAUUGGCCGGCAGAUUAAGCUGAGGCAAAUUCGAUACCGGGAAGAACUGCUGCCAAUAGCGCACGAUAAGAACACGGACUACAACUAUCAGGAGUACAGAAGACUCAACUCGGCGGUGAGAGUCCUGCCAGGGGAUCGACUCAUAGCGGAGUGCAUUUACGACAGUUCAGGAAGAGCCGCUAUAACGCUGGGGGGACUGACCACCCGGGAGGAGACGUGUCUGGUGCUGACACUGUACUACCCGCGGCAAAAGGAACUGACCACGUGUCACUCGUUGCCAAGCCUGCCAACGGUGCUGCACUCGCUGGGAAUCAACGAACUGGUUCCCGGCUCCAAUCCUGUUCGCAUCGCGUCACCGGCGGAACUUUCCGGUAUGACGCUCGAAACGCGUCUCAUCUCGUACGACUGGCGGAAUAAUUUCAAAAGUUUCCAGUAUGUUACCCGCAAAGGAUCCUUCAAGCCACUCUGCUGGAGUGCGAAAAACCAACCGCUGGCGGGCACCGAGAAUCUGGACGGGUUCGCUCCCAACAUCACCAAGUCCUACAAGCUGACCAAAUCGUGCAGCUUCAAGCGACCGCCGGCCGGCAUCACCGCCGGCGGAAGUCCAAACGUGGCGAACGUGUACUUCCAGAAUCGCAACCGCUACGUCACCGAGUCGGAAACGAACGUGGACGUUCCGCUGACGGAGGACGACGAACUGGACGACAACAACGUGAUAGAGGGAGCGGCGCGGAGUAAAGUGUCCCGUAGCUCCGCCACGGAAUCGAUGGGCCUGAGCGGCGCCUCGCUGGCCGGGCUCCAGUCCCAGAUGGUGGCGUACCUGCUGUUCAUCAUCUUCCUAAAUUCGUUCCGGAUAGCGUAGGCCGAUGGCAGCGCCAGCGCCAGGACGGCCACGCCAUCCUCUUCGGUUAUGUUUUUGUAAAGUUUUCAACUUUUCUACCCUUUUUAAGUUUCGCUGUUUUUCUUCGUUCGAAUGGGAUAUAUACUCUAUUCGGGAUGGGGAGAGAGUUUGGAACCAUUUAACAAUAAGUAGGCAACAAAUUGCGAAUGGACUUGUGUAGGGUAGGGGAAGAGCGAAAGUUCCAGCGAAGGUUUUGUUUUCCUGUUAUUGUUGUUGAGUGCGCUCUCAGAAGAGGGGAGAGCCCAUCGGGGCAGAAUCAGGCCGCGCCGGAUAGCGGGGAUGGUGACGUAAACGAACGAGUUAAAAAACCUGUAAAUAGAUCAGUGAGAAGUGAGAAGGAAAGAAAACAUAUUUUUAACACGAGGCAAAUUUAUUCGAAACUUUCCUGUUUAAGUUUUUUUUUGUAAGAAAAAAACAAACAGAAGAUAUGCAGUGAAGAGUCCGUAACCCUGAGAAAAAAAACGAAAAACAGAUCUAGCAAUAGGUAAGAGAGCCAGAAAGCACUGAAAGAGCUCACAAUGUAUUAACUCUAAUGGACAUACUUUUAUAUAAGCAACAGCAGUGGAGCCGAGUUGGGCGUUAGAGUGUUAUGUAAAUAGCCGUAAUUGUCAACUGAAUCCCGGGAAGAAGGAAGCUGUUUGUAAAUAAUGUUUUGUACGAGACGCAACGGACCUGGAGGGAGCUGUGGUGGGUGCAAAAUUUUAGCAGAGGUCACUUUUAUGUCCCGACGGUCAAAAACAGAAUCGUUAAAUCGGAACGAAAAGUCGCACUUCUAGUCAAUAGCGAGAUGAGAUAGUGAACUAAUUUUUUUAUAGCAUCUAAAAUCUUGUUUUCUGGUUUUAUUUCGCUGUUUCUUCACGACGAGAUGAGACGCUCACAGGUUUCCACUUUAAUCGCGUUCUGUUUUGAGAGGGGAAUACUUUUUAGCAGAGAACAUUAGAAAAAGUAGCAUAUUUUACGGGACUCGCCCCCCUCACUUCCACCACCGGCGGCGAUCGAACGAAAAGUUCGUGUCACGUACGCGGCACUAUUUUUCACGGAUGAUAACGAGACGGAAAACAGAUAUGAAAAACUUGUAACCAAUAUGUUUUCCGCCAGCAACCCAAAGCGAGAGACAAUCAUAACCUCACCAGUAACUGCAAAAGCGAAAAAGUAGACAGAAAGUAGAAAAAAAAUACUGCACGACAAAGGAAACAUCUCGAAUUUAUGAAGAAAAUGAGAAAAGUUUUAUGGAAGGAAGGAAACUGUGUCAGCACUUUUCAGCCCGUGUGAGUUCGGUGUCACUGGAAGUGAUGUAAGGGGGGAAAGCAUGAAACUCAUCCCACUUUGUGAUUCGUUUUUUUUUUUAUUUCUGUUUUGGCUUCCGGGGGUAUCGAAAAUACCUACAUAAUUUGUUCUGGUACCAGAGUGGAGAAAAGGGAAGCGACGGAUGGGGCUAUUUUCUGAUGGUUUAUUUCGGGGGAAGGGAAAUGUUUCGAUUUGAUAUAUCCUCACAAUUUAUCGGUGGGGGCAAUCGGGGCUGUGCGGAUCCGAGUCAAUCGAAGAGUGGCUCGAUUGCAGAUGAUGGGAAUUAGUCUUGUGAGAGUACAGCUUAAGGAGAGUACGUGACAGGAAUUUCGGCUUACGGCGGGUUAUCGAAUGUCGGCAAAGGUUCCCUUUCAUAGCUUUCACUUUCAGUCCCAGAUAAUUGACGUUCACACUAAGAAUUCAGGGCGGGAAUAGUAACCUACAUAUUUCACAAACGAUACACUCUCGAUAUUAUUGAUAUCUUCACAUUUGGGCUGAAUGUUAAACUUUUUGAUUUACUACCUAACAAAUUCCUUGGAAUACAGGUUUUUUGAAAUAAAAAAAAACAUGCAAUUUAUAUUGUCAAUCGAGAUACAACAUUAUUCAGUGCUCGGGAUGUUGACGAAUCAAUUCGACAAUAUAUAUAUAUAUAUAUAUAUAUAUAUAUAUAUAUAUAUAUAUAUAUAGAGAGAGAGAGAGAGAGAGAGAGAGAGAGUGGUUUUUAGACGAAAUAAGUGCUGCCUUGAAGAACAAUGUGUAUCUAAAAUCAACCCCUAAAAAUUCCGAACACUUGGAGCUGAUACUGGAUACUAUAAUCAUAUUAUCUCAAAGUUAUCAAAUAUUUGAUGGCAAGAAUCCGCCAAAUUCGAUCCGAAUAUAAUAAUCAAAACAAACAAGUUGGUUCUUCUACACUACACGAUAAUGUGUCGAGUCCAUAGUAUAACAUUCACUCUAUUUUUACAACAACAUUUAAUGUUAUAUUUUUCUGUUGAAAUAAUAAAAAACAAUAAAAAAAAUAAGGGGUUGUAUCCAAAAGACGACCGCUUAGGUCGUAGGACUACGCAUUCUUUUCUCAUCAUUUCUGAUAGUAUUUAUAAAAGCAACGAAAUUUCAUGAACAAAUUUUUGAUAGAAUGUUUCGGUGAGUCUCAAAAGAGUUAAUGGCUUUCGUGCAGUUGUAGUUGCUCGUUUUCCUGAAAUCGCCGUCGAUGGGAAGGAGAGACUCACCGCCCAGACUUUUUGGAAAAUGGUAAUCUAUUCCCGACAAGUCAUCGCAUUUCUCUGGCUCAUUGGGAAGGUAGUGCGUGAUUGACGUUGGACCCUACGCUGUUGGGCAUAUUUUGGUUGUUUAUCGCUUUUUUCCUUUUUGAGUUUUCAUAGAAGACCAGCUCACUGACUUCAAUUUGAUAAAUCGAUCCAGUAGAUCAUAAGUUAUAAAUUUAAAAAAGAAAUCUUUUUGGAAAUGGAAAACUGUCGAUUUUUCGGACAACCCUAAAAUAGAAAUGAAUACUCUAGUGAAAAAAAUAAAAAAUGCGGGUCUAAUAUUUUGCGAUAAGGAACAAACUAUCAGUUUUCACGACAAUCUGAGAACCACUAUAUCGGUUUGGCAUGGAAUGGCUGAAUAUAUAGAGAUUAAAAUGACUAUAUUUUCAAUUUACUCAACUACAAGAAUACUUUAUUUCUCUAGCCGCAAUAAUCACGCCUUGUUCCUUGUAGAGCCCUUUCUGUUCUGUCCAGGUUUUCUCUCUACCAGUAUGUUCUAUCUACUCUAAACUCUACCAGUUCUCCUCCCUCUUUCCUCCUUUCUUUCUCUCUCUCUCUCGCUCUUUUUCUAUAUCUUUCCAUUUUAUAAUUCUAGAUGAAGUUGCGAAGAAAUUAUCAAAUGUUGGUACUGAGGAGCUAUUUCUCUCAUUUGUUUUUGGUACUAUUCAUUAGUAUUUGACUUCUCAAGUAUUUCCUACUGCUCGAGAAACUAUGUUUGAAAAAUAUGCAUACCAUGUAUACUUGCAAAAUAAACACUAUGGUGCAUAUGUAUUUUAUACAAAGUAUGGAUUAGUUCUUUAGGAGACUUCAUAUUUAGCGAAAAAUUAAUGCUAUUUAGAACUAAAAGUCCUUUGAGUGACCAUGAGCAGGAUUACUUGGCUUACAAUGAAAGUUAAGGGAGCACAUUUGGAGGAUCUAUGACCUCUGAUGAGCUCAAAGUCAACCUUGGAAAAAAGGGGAACAAAUUGAUUUUUCGGAUCACCCUGAAAUGAAAAUCGGCACCCUAAUGGAACAAAAUACGGAUCAAGGAACGAUAAACGAUAAGGAACAAAACUACAAAUUUUCAUAAAAUUUGAGAACCACUUUUUGGUUUGGAAUGGAAUGGCUGCAUUUUUCAAAAUUUAUUCAACAUAAAAUGGGUUAAACUGGAGCACACACAUAAAGAACUGAAUAAAACUGGACGAUUAUUAAGGGGGUGUUCUAGUGUAGAGACAUGAAUUUCGGUCGUUUUUUCGAGCUCCGUCAAAAUAAAACAAAGAGUAUUUGCACUAUUCAUUUUACCAUUAUUUGUUCAUCUAUCUUUUAACAAUAAUUUAACAAAAAUUUAACGAAGAAAAAUUCAUAACGAGAAUAGUUACAAGCUGAUGAAGUGAGGGGGUUCCAAAAACAAGUUGUGCCAUGGCGUACACGAUUCCAACCCUUCUGGUUAUCUGAAACGAAAAUGAAUCGGCAAACAUUCCGCUAUCGCAUGAACCUCGGACAAGUCAAAAACAUAUUUUUUGACAAAAUGGCGGCCGUUUGAAAAACAAAGUGCGGUUUAAAAGUUUUUUCUUACGUUUCCUGAUUUUUUAAAAAUAUUAAAAUUUGAAAAACAUAAUUUUUUAAGAGUUUCGAUACGAUAGAGAGAUGCAUACAGAUUGUAUUCAUAUAAAUUCGACAUGAAUCGGUUCAGUAGAUCCGAUCGUGUCCGCCAGUGUACGCCAGUUUGAAAAAACUAAUUUCGAGAAAAACGCGUUUGAAGUUUUAUUGUUAUGGCCGUACCAGUUCAGAGCGCAUUACUAAAAUGGCUCUAGCUCGGUAAAGAUUGGGAUUUUCGAUAAGUCCUUUCUAGUGUAUAUUCUUGACUACCUAAUUUACAGAAAUAUGAAGGAAAAAAAUUGAUUUUUUUUUCAAAUUUCUUGACUAGAAUACUGCCUUAAAAAAAACUGGAAGAUUUUAGGAUUCAACUGGAUGACUGGAUCGAGAAAAAAAACUGGAAGAAUCCAGUUUAAACACAAUGGAAACGCUGCUGAUUAGUAGUUGUAUAAGAGAAUGUGCCUCGUUGCUGCAUAAGUUGCUCGGCACGGAAACGCACAGAACAAAUGCAUGGGAAAAUGGGAGUGCUCUCAAUUGUCGCCAAUUCAAUAAUUCACGGACCAGAGAACCGUAAUAUACACCAUAUCAAUGUGUUCUUAGAGAAUUUGGUAUGCAAAUCAUCACUAUCCGCCACAGAAAAAAAUGUUAUUAAGGUUAAAAUUUUCUGAUUUGGCAAUGAAUCUGAAUCAACUUUUGCGUGAAAAAUUCAAUUAAGCGCACCAGUUGGAGUGAAGAUCAUAGUAUUGACCAAUCGUCGAAUCUUCGUCAGAGAAAGUUGCUGAAGACCUAAACAUAUCGAUUGGCUCGUGCCAUUUGGUUUUUACCCACGAUUUGGGAAUGAGGUGGGUAGCCGCGACAUUUAUACCAAGAUUACACAAUUUCGACUAAAAACAUCGCAUCGCACCGCAUUCAUAUUGCUAAGGAGCUGUUCGACAAUGUCCGAGUCGACCCAUAUUUGCUCCAGAAGCUUAUAACGAAUCAUGGGUUAAUGGUGGCUAGGAAACCAACGCCCAAUGAUUUCUAUGGAAGUACCGAAUUGAAAUAGGCAAACAUCAAAGGCAAGCCAAAACUCGAGCAAGCAAAGCAGCUGUCAAAAAAUAACUGAAUAUUUAAGGUGGCUGAACUUGUCGACAUUAGUAAGACACAUGAGUACCAACAUAACGCCAUAAAAGAUCGAAAAUUGUGAUACUAUUUGAACAUUCCGCAUAUGUCUACACUUGCAGAAAAUUUAUGAAGACAUACACCACAUAGAAUAUAUAUUAUACACGGAGAAGUUGAUUUUGAUUCAUAAUUUUUAUUUAAAGAAUGUGUUUAUUCCACAGAAAAAUUCUAAUUUUCUAUCACACAUUCAUUUAUUCACCAAGUAUUCAAGCAAAUGAUUUAUAUUGUUCAAUCAUUUUUUCAAAUUAUCUCCCAUUGGUGGAAUUCACUUUGUUGUCAGUUAACUAUGCUUUCUAUCACAGGUUUUUUUUUCAAAAGUUUUCUCUAUUACAAAUUACCGUUUCAAAUAUACAAUGCAUCCAUUAACAAAAUUACAUUUUCCAUUUUCUAUCAAACUUAAUUCUUACAAUUUAAAGAGAGCCGUUUACCUGCGGCUUUCUCGGGGUUAGUUCCCAUUCAAACUUACCUUUCACACAUCACUCAUACUUUCAUUUACACACAAACAUCCUUGCAUAUAUUGCAAGAACAAUCUUAACCUAACUUAACCUAUCUUUACCUACAUUAGCUAUUUUCUACUCUCCUUGUCUAUUUUUCGUCUGGAUCCAUUACGUUCAACAAAUCUUCAAAAAAUUACCGAAGUGAUUUUUUUAUUCCAUCUCAAUUCCCGUAAUUCUCUUUUAAAAACGAACAUCGAUGGUUCUGUUACCCUUAAAUUGAAAGCAAGUAAUUGCUCUUACUGUCAGCCACAAUGUCGCUUUACGUUUGUUUUUUUUUCAUUUAUUUGGAUCUUGAAAAUUUAAUCCUAACCGCGACUGUAUAACAUGGCUGAACCAUUUCCAUAUUUCUUUGGCUUGUGGACACUCUUUGAAGUUAGUUAGAAUCAACUAAAACAAAUUUAUCAGAGGUCAAGUUCCCGAUAUUGUACGCUUGUAAUUUUCCGCGAUUUGGAAUUAGAUCAUUUAAAAAUCGGAACUUUGGAACGGUACUUCAAAAUCUGGAUUUCUAGCGUUACGUAAUUCAUGCACGAUGCCUUAUCAAUACCUUCUAACAAUCACGUUUUCUUCCUGAGUGCACGUUCAUGGGUCCAAUCGCAGAACUGUUCAUUGGUUGAUCUUCUAGUCUACCCUUUAAAAUUACCUUUUACUAUAAAUUUCCUAGUACUUCUACUACUACUAGAUUUUUCAACCACUUGCAAAUAACAUGUAUCUCCGUUACAUGGAAAAAAAAUGUUUGAUACAGAAAAUAUGAUAGAAUAAAGACAGUCUAAAAUCGGACAAUUCCUUUUUCGAGUUUUGUUAUUAUCAACACAUUCGGUGACCCAUUUUAUAUAGAUAGAAGAAGAUAUAUGAGUGCGUUUCAUCACAUUGAAAUCCAUUUCCACUUUAAAAAAAAAAUCAAUUUCGUUAGCGCAAACAUCAAAUGGACUAACAACGUUGGUCACUAUGUAAUUGUAGAACAUAGGCGAAUUUGAAUUUUCCCAAUUUUCUCAUUUUCCUUCGAAAAUAUCCAAUCGUCAUGUUUGGUUGAAAUUGUGUAUUUGUGUAAUUGUGUAAUUGUGUUAUGUAUUAUUUUUACUGGACUCCUUCUCCAUUUCAGAGGAGAGAGGGGUGACAUACCAUCAUAGAAACAUUUCUCGUAUCCAAAAACUCUCACACCGCAAUUUGGCUCCAUUUGCUUGAUUAGUUCUCGAGUUAUUCUGGAAUUUGUGUUUCAUUUGUAUGGCAGCCCCCUUACCUUUAGAGAGGGGAAAGGAUUGUCAAACCACCAUAUAAACAAUUAUUGCCCCAUAAAUUCUCCAUAUGCAAAAUUUGUUUCCGUUUGUUUGUUUAGUUCAUAAGUUAUGUAGAAUGUUUUCCAUUUGUAUGGCAGCCCUUCGCUUAGAGAGGAGGGAAGGGGUAUGUCACCACCAUAGAGACAUUUACCCAAGCCCUAGAGCCUUCCCCCCCCCCCUUAAACCAUCACAUUCAUUUCGAGUUACGCAGAAAUUUUAGAGGGGGGGGGGAGGAAUAUCUAAUCACCAUAGAAACAUUUAUUGCACCCCGAACCCCUUGCAUGCUAAAUAUGGUUUCGUUUGCUUGCUUAAUUCUCGAGUAAUGCAGAAAUUUAUGUUUCAUUUGUAUGGCAGCCCCACCUUAGAGAAGGGGGAGGGGUCUCGAACUGUCAUAAGAACCUUCCCCGGCCUCAAAAACCCCUACAUACCAAUUUCCAUGUCGAUUGGUUCAGUAGUUUCCGAGUCCAUAAGAAUCAGACAGACAGAAAUCCGUUUUUAUAGAUAUCGAAGAUAUUUUUUCUACACGGAUGACCAAGGGUCAUGCGUGAUCCAUAUGAAUGGAUAAUUAUUAAUGUUAAUCAUUUAUAACUUGAUAAUUGGACUAUCGCAUAUUUUCAUUACUUUGAAUAUUAUGAAACUCAACCCUACUUUUCUGUCAUUGUAUAACCCACAAUCAGAGUUGCCACAUUUUCAUCUGCACUUUUUCUUCAAAAAAUCUGUACCAUCGAAAAUAUUAAUUGUAGAGUGAAAUCAUUAACCAUGAAUAAAUACUCAUUUAUUUACUACAGAAUGUUAUAUUCACUUAUUAACUUUAAUUUACAUACUACAAAUACUUACGUAUUAACGCCACCGGAGCAAUUUUUAUCACGAAUUUUUUUUAUAUAUAAUGACAUUUAUUCUUAAGUGAAUGUCAUGAUUGAUUUCAAAUCAUAAUACUGACAAAAAAUAGAGAUAAAUUUCACACUCGAAAAAAUCGAGAAUCUGUACUAAUCUGUACUUUUUGACGAAAAUCUGUAAUUUGUACCUUACAGAAUCUGAACCCAAAAAUCUGUACCUUUCCAUAUAAUUCUGUACAUGUGGCAACAUUGACCAUCGUUAUGUUUGGUACAGAUUCUGUACGGUACAAAUUACAGAUUCUCGCCAAAAAGUACUGAUUGGUACAGAUUUUCUCCACGUAUGAAAUUUAUUACAUUUGAACAAAGCAAUAUUGAGGUUAAUGACGACUUUUACGCCGCAGUAUCUGGUUUGGUUUUUAGGUUUUUAGUUCUGGUUUUUAGAAAAACUAUGUACAAGCAUCAUCAAACACACGAGUGAUUUGCAAAUGUAGUAUUUGUUGUAAAUAAAUGAGUAUUUAUUUCAUGUUAAUAAGGAAGAUUUUUCUCUUUGAAAUUAUUUUUCUUUGAAAUUAAAAAGAAUAUCGAAGCUUUUGAAUGGUACAGAUUUUUGGAAGAAAAAGUACAGAUGGCAGAGAUUUUCAACCCCUCUGGUACAUAUUAAAAUGUGGCAACACUGCUGAUGAUAACUGAUGAGUUAAAUGUACCUUUAUAGUGGAGGCGAUCUGGCGUAGUGGUAACAUACAUGCCUCUCACUCUCGACAUUCUUCCAAAAAUGGAAGUAAAAGUGACGAACCAGCCAAAUGAGUAGAAAGUCACUAUAAUACAGAUAUAAAAAAAUGUACCUUUAACUUAGAAAACGUCCAGAAUAUGGCAAUGCUAAACUUCACAUAGCAAAUUCCGUGAUGACAUGUCCACUUUUUAAAAGCAUAACAACAACUAUCUUGCUUUGGAAAUAGGAGAAUUAUCUAUACAAAUUAUGCGGGUGGAAUUUUGUUUCACAGUCCUGUCAAUUUUAUUCUUUGGUUGCGUACAAUAUUAAGACUCAGGAUAAUAUGUUUGUUCUAUCAUGUUCAAUUAUUCGGAAGCAUUGAUUCGGGUUACAUUUCUAAUUUUCACAGUUCGUUAUUGUAUAAUGGUAACCUGAAAUUCUAUCACAACUUCAACUAACCGAAUAUCCAAAUUUGAGAUAUCUCAUUUACUCCGAUAGUGAAUAAUUCCACCCGCUAGUUCCAAUCAUGAUAAAGAAUGUUGCCUCCCAUAAAUCAUACUUUUGCAUUCCCCCAAGUUUGUUUUCGUUCAUCACGUUUAUUGUGACACGCAUUUUCCGAUCGAAUCACGGCAUUCUCAGAUAACACCGAAAGCAAGUUUCCUUCCCUCCGUGAAAACUCGCACAUAACCGCGCGCCCGCACAACACAUGACUCAUACAGUCCGGUGGAUGGGGAAGCGAGAGGGCGCCCCGCUAAUCGAAAACACAUGGGCAAUAUAUUUCAGCAGCCGUAAAACAAGAAGUAAACCAGAAACUAUCAAAAGCACAGAACCUAACUAUAUUCGUAUGUAGAAAACAAGAAAAAAAAUCAGAUUUAGGGGACAAGCGUUAACUCGUAAUGAUUGAUGAUAAAAAAACCACCCCCGAGAGAAAAAGAAAAAACGGGUGGGAAACCAUGCGCUAGGCUAGAUUUGAAUCAGAGCAAUGCAAAGCCAAUAGAACUAUGAAGUUUAUUUUAUAUAUUUUCUACCAUAGGAAGAAAAAUCGUGAAUGGAAAUAGAAACAGAAACAGAAACUUUCUCUCACACAAGCGCAGACACACUCAAGAGGAAAAGAAAUGUAUGCAAAUGUGAUAUCGUAAAUUAAAACUAAAUAAAUGAAUGAGAAUUAAGUGGAUGUAAAUACGUUUAUAGUGAACUAUUGUAUAGGAAAAAAGCGGAAAAGCAAACAAAAAAAAAACACAGAAACAAAAAGUAAUGUAUUUUCGUUGCCUAGAAAAAACCAGCAACGUGUAGCGCAUAGCAAGCAAACAACAAAUCGUGUCUGUCCUUGUUUUAGACUGUAUAGAUUUUUCGUGUCCAAGCAAAAGGAAGGAAUCUAGUCCCUGUACCUUCGAACGUCCAACUAUUUGCCUCGCUCUACUUCACCUCACAUCUUGCAUUCAUCUAUACAUUCGUCGGAAGCGAAUCAAGCCCUGAAUCAAAUCCCGACACAAAGAAAAUUCGAAAGCCUCCGAUGGAACGAAAGAAACAUUGUGUCCAUUUUGGCCUCCCACUGCAAAUACCGGUCGCACUGCAAAUAGUCUAAUGUAUUAGGGAAAUAGAAUGUCGAAGUAUCACUUUAGCAGGGUCGAAUAUCCACCGUCGAGCUCUGUAGCGGUCGUUUAGUUUCCUCCUUCGAGCUCCUCAGUCGAAAUUGAUCCUCAUCUCGGGACAGCUCGUUUUCCUACCUCUUGCAGUGUCUCACAGCGAGUAGCCAGUGCAUUUUUGCGCAAUUCUGAACAUUUUAGAAACGAGAAACAUAAAAAAAGAAAGUUCUAGAGCCACACAGCAGAGAAAAGAAACCUCCAACUCUAUCACCAGUACGACUAAUGCUAACAGCACAAUAAAAAGCGAUGAAAUAUUAGAUGAAAAGACGAAACAAAUACACACACCGGACAAGAAUCAAAAUGUAAAAAAAAAAGUUAAACAAGAAGUACUAACGCUAAAAUAAAAUCCACCUAGCAGAAGCGAACAAUCCGUGAAACCGACCGCCGGAAUGAAAAUUCCAGCUUUUAUGUUCCAAAUCCAAACAUUAUUUGAAACCUUUCUCGGUUUCAUUUUUUCAUGGUUUUAUUUGCCUUCACAGAAAUGUUCAUUUGAAUUUUAAAAGUGGCUAGUAGCAAUGAGAAUUAAAUUAUAUUCAAAUGGGGAAUAAAACCAAACUCACUCACACCCACACAUACACUUAUACGCAAAGAUAGAGUCGCGGAGGAACGGUGGAGAGCGAGCUGAAAAGUAGCCACCCCUUUUCCCGGAAGCCACAAUAGAAUGAAUACGGACAAAUAAAAUUAGCGCAACUUGAUAUAGGUCCUGUGCGAGUGGAUACCAUAUAGAAGAGGAUAACCUGGCACAGCAUUGGCUAAGCCGAAAUUUAAAUACGAUGAUAGUUUUGCGUUGAGUUUCCUCUUUCGUUACGAAUGCGACGAACAACAACAAAUAUGUAUUAGCUGUAGUGAAAAAAAAAAUAUCUGAGAAAAAAUCACCGGUGAAAAUUAGAACAAUGUUUUGUCCAGAAGUUGUAGACAAGUCCAAAAAAAAACGUAAACAAUAGUGGUAAGCUGAGAGGCGCAAGGCGAUUCUAGGAGCUAGGGGAAAGCACGCGAAAGACGGGUAUGAAUGCGUAGGCAAUGUGAUUCUGUAAGAACGAGAUGAUAGACGAUACACAUAGAGAGAGCCGAAGGCUGAGCUUUAGGCUCCGUACGAGAGGUUAAGGAAAUAUUUGAACAGAAUACGUCAAAACUAAGCUAGUUACUGUGAAACAUGAAAAACGUUGUGAAACUGAACACUGAAUGAAAACAAGUGGAAAAAGCAAUACGAAAAUGAAAUAAA